AUGAAGCGUCACCCUGAAGCAUCGGGCGUGCCCGAUGCUUCUGGUGUACGUCCACAGGCCGUCGAUGGGAGUAGAGAAGAGGAGAGUAGCAGGGGCGGCUUGACUAUGUCUUGCAGUUUACCUAAAGGAGCCGCCUUCUUUGGUAGGGAAGAUACCCCUGCUGGCGCAUCUGUUGCGGGAAGUUCAGUGAAGAAGAAUGUAGCGUUUCGGCCUGCAUUUGAGGUGGAGGGAGCGGCAGCUAGAGGGAACAUCUCUUCUCUUAUUUCGAGUGUACGUUCAGAUAGUUUGUUCCACGCUGAUGAGAGGGGCCCCCUCACCCAUCCAGAAGGAGCAGGUGCAGCACCCGUCUAUAAUGGGGUCUUACGACAGCUGACGAACAGUUCAGGAGGAGGGGAUUCGAGUGCAAGCGACUGCGACUCCCAUAAGAGCAUCACAGCUGUUCCGGUGCCCCGCUCCCCUGCUGCCGCUGUUGCUGCUGCUGCUGCUUCUCCCCUGCGUGCCUUGUCCAACGCAGCAGCAGCAGUAGCAGCAGCAGCAUCAGGUGGGUCGGCGCAGGGCUCAGCUCGCUCGCGGCAGCAGCAUCGCCUGCAGCAGCAGGAGCAGCAGCAGGAGACGCUACAGGAGGGGGAGGAGCAGCAGCAGCGUUGGUAUCAGCAGCUGCUUGCGGGUUUGGUGUCUCCCUUUAAAGAGCUAGCAGGAGGGGAGUUGAAUUUUGCGUGGGCGUAUAGAGAAGCAACAGCGCUGCAUCGGCACCAGCUGUCUAGACAAUCGUUUGGCGCUGUGAAGAACCUGCCCAGUAGGAGGGGGGCUGACCAUUGGUCCACUCGUCUGUCGGAUGCGCACAGGACGUUCACUUCGGACUUGCAAUAUUUUCCACUUCAGUUCAGAGACACAGAAGCAGAAUCUGAAUAUGUUGCCGUCACUAACUAUCAGUCUUCGUUGCGCUUUUCGGUGUAUCUACUGCUGCAGCAUUGCCUGCUGUUGCCAGUGCAGUUUUCCCUGUUGCUGUGGGACCCCGAGUCACAGCUCUGGUCCUCUAGAGCAGGCUGGCUGCUGCAUCCUUUAAUUCUUUCUUUUGUAGUGGUGACCCUCUUCGGUUUGCUGCUCGCUAUUGCCCUCCUCUACCCUCACUUCAUGCCUUGCGGCCUCGGCUACUUCUGCCGCGUGCAUGCAGCGCAAGUUGCUUGCGUCUAUUCCUUCUCCUAUACUGGUCUUAUGAGCGCAUCACUGAUAGCCGGCCAGGUGUACAUGACGAAGUACCUGGAGUUAGAGCUGGAGCUGCGGAGUAAGGGAGCGAAGUCGGGUAUAUCGUUUAUGAGUUUGCUGACGGAAACAUCAGUAUUCUAUCUUUAUGUGUUCGCUACAAACGUCCUCUUCAUGGACCUCAUUGGACCCAUACUCACGAAAUGGACUAUGAUUCUUCACUUCCUUACUUCGCUUUCCCUCACUGCUCCCUUCAUUGUGGGAUUUGCUGACGGCAGAGUAUUCAGCCUCUGCACUUUAUUAGCUGUUGCGACGAUCGCGACCAUUCUAACGGCAAUGGCCUACGCCGGGCGGCUUUCGGGGGAGUUGCAGCACCGGCUGCUGUUCCUGCAAUGGAGGAGGUCGCGGCUGAGACUCAUGGAGCUCCUUCAUGAACGAGAUGAUACCAGUAAGACACGAACAGCUAUGGAAAACGUCGUCGGCGAACUUGAACAGUGUGGGAAGAUUCUUCAACAAAUGCGGAACAUCGAACACGACUUCGGCGAGGAGUUCCACGAGGUGUACCGGAUUGUUUCUGAGUGCCGUCGCACUCUGUUGACUGGCGAGAAGCUGUACACAGUGGACAUCGGCAAAGCAGAUAGGUUCAGCAAACACUUUCUGCAGAUGUAUUCGCAUUACGGCACAGAUCGAGUAGAUGAAUUCACCAGCUCAUCUCACCAGCGAUCCUUGACAGCAUCUCAGUCGGCAGUUCGUUCUAAGGCCGCGGACGUUUCUAUUCAAGGAGCAGCUCCUCAUUCUUCCUCUGACGUCAUCGAUUCCAGCAGCAGCGACUCUGAAGAUGAACCCAUGAAAAAGCAAGCGACUAUGCUGCGGAAAAAGCUUCUGGAUGAGGCGGAGCGUAACAUGAAUGCAAUUGGCAAGCAGUGGUCGUUCAGUGUGCUCCAGCUGGAUCAAGAAGUUAACGGCGCUCUUUUUGUGGUGGGAACAGCUCUCCUGGGUCCCGUAGUAACAGACUGGGGCUGCGGCAGCAAUGAGCUAUCUCAAUUCCUGCAAACUUUGCAGUGGCAGUAUCAGCCGAACCCGUACCACAACCAGUUGCAUGCAGCCAUGGUGGGGCAUGGCGCAGUUAGCGUCGCGAAUAUGCUGGGCGUUUGGCAGAUAAUGGAACCGCUAGAGAAAGCUGCACUCGCAGUGGCCACGUUGGCCCACGAUGUCGGCCACCCCGGCCGCACCAACCAAUUCUUUGUGGCUUGCUUUGACCCUUUGGCAAUCAUCUACAACGACAUCUCUCCACUUGAGAAUUUUCACUCUUGUCUGUGCUUUCGUAUUCUUGAAAGGAAGAGCUGCAACAUUUUUUUUCUGUUGUCUGUGGGGGCUUUCCGUUCCGUGCGGGCAAAGAUCAUCGAGUGUAUCCUCAGUACGGACAUGAAGCAGCACUUCGAAGACAUUUCAAAGUUUCGCAUGCGUCGGCAAUGCGAAGAGUUCUCCUUUCGAAAUUCUGUCGAGGACAGAUGGGCUACACUACGCAUGUGCGUUAAAUUGGGGGAUCUCUGCCAUACUGCCCUGCCUUGGUCAGACCACUUCGUCAUGUCAUGCGCUAUCACUGAGGAGUUUUUCCAGCAGGGAGACGAAGUGUUAACUGCUGUAUUUGUCGUUGCAGGAACUGCGGCGUGGUAUGUCGGCGCAGAGCAUGGCGGCCAGAGGUCAAAUGAGGACCGAGACGGCAAGCCAUUUACGCCCCCGGGCGCUUCUUUUCAGAACGAUGACACAUUACCGGGGACGCACCUUUUCGACUGGCUCGCCGAAUCUGGCGAGGCUACAUGUCUGUGGAGUCCCCGUUUUACAGUGGACAGCGGACCAGCUGCGCAUCAAGACUCUUCAGGUUCAAAAAGGAACCUAAGAUAA